AUGAAAGAUUUCAUGGAACUACUUCGAAAUACAAUAAUUUAAUAUCACUUCAUUGGGUCGUACUGUUCUCGGAAUGAGAAAGUUUAUGAGGUUAUUUCAAGGAGCGGAACGAAUAUUCAAAUACUUGAAGCUGAGAAAAUGACUACUUCUGAACAAAGCGCUUGACUUAAUAUGCGCUAAUACUUAUCUGUUAUUGCGAUUGUUCUCCGGCAUGCAUCAGCUGUUAACGCGCUUCUUAAACAAAAAUAUAGGAAAUAGUGGGGAUGUAUGAGAUACACAAACUAUAAGUGAAAACACUAAUGUCAACAACUAUUGAUACUUUAUUAGACAUAUGCGGGGAAGGAUCGCAGUUCGCAAAUUUUCAGCUGACAGUGUAGCUGAAUGGGAGUGGAUACUAAUGUGACUACGUGUCACGUGAUCUUAGUAGACUGUUAGGUGUCAAAAAUGAGAGUGAUUUUGAAGUGAUAUUUCUUGAUACUUUAUUUUUUGAUGAUGGUUUUAGAAAGUUUGUGUGUUGUGUUUCGAUAUAUUUUAUGAGUGAAACACAAACUGAAUCAUAAAACAAUAGGAAUUCUCAGAGUUCAUAUACCAUGGCUCUUCGUAAGGUUAAAGGCAAUUUGGAACGUAUGUUUGACAAAAAUUUGACAGAUUUAGUGAGAGGCAUACGUAAUAACAAGGAUAAUGAAGCCAAAUAUAUAGCGCAGUGUAUUGAAGAAAUUAAGCAAGAAUUGCGCCAGGACAAUAUAGCAGUGAAAUCUAAUGCAGUUGCAAAAUUAACCUAUUUACAAAUGUUGGGGUAUGACAUAAGUUGGGCAGGAUUCAAUAUUAUUGAAGUAAUGAGUUCAUCGAAAUUUACCUACAAGAGGAUUGGUUAUUUAGCAUCUUCACAAAGCUUUCAUGCUGACACCGAGCUUCUCAUGCUUACAACAAACAUGAUUCGUAAGGAUUUGAAUAGCCAGAAUCUCUAUGAUGCUGGAUUGGCUCUUUCUGGUCUAUCAUGCUUUAUUAGUGCUGACUUAUCACGGGAUCUGGCUAAUGAUAUUAUGACUCUUUUAACAUCAACCAAACCGUAUUUACGCAAAAAGGCUGUGCUUAUGAUGUAUAAAGUAUUUUUGAAAUUUCCGGAAGCCUUGAGACCUGCUUUUCCAAGAUUGAAGGAAAAAUUAGAGGAUCCUGAUUCAGGUGUCCAGUCUGCUGCUGUUAAUGUUGUUUGUGAAUUGGCACGAAAGAAUCCUAAGAAUUAUCUAAGUCUUGCCCCAGUUUUCUUCAAACUGAUGACUACAUCAACCAAUAAUUGGAUGUUAAUAAAAAUUAUUAAAUUGUUUGGUGCCCUCACCCCUUUGGAACCUCGUCUCGGUAAAAAGUUGAUAGAACCUCUCACAAAUCUCAUUCACAGCACUUCUGCUAUGUCCUUAUUGUAUGAAUGCAUCAACACCGUUAUUGCAGUUCUUAUCUCAAUUUCCUCUGGCAUGCCAAAUCACAGUGCAUCAAUUCAGCUUUGUGUCCAGAAAUUACGUAUUUUAAUAGAAGAUUCAGAUCAGAAUUUGAAAUAUCUAGGUUUACUGGCUAUGUCAAAGAUCUUGAAAACUCAUCCCAAAUCUGUCCAAGCUCAUAAGGAUCUCAUCAUGCAGUGUCUCGAUGAUAAAGAUGAAUCAAUAAGACUAAGAGCAUUGGACCUACUUUAUGGAAUGGUUUCGAAGAAAAAUUUAAUGGAGAUAGUGAAAAAAUUAAUGGUUCACAUGGAUAAAGCAGAAGGGACUACCUAUAGAGAUGAAUUGCUUUCCAAGAUUAUUCAGAUAUGCUCUCAGAAUAACUAUCAGUAUAUCACAAAUUUUGAAUGGUAUGUAAGUGUGUUGGUUGAAUUGACUAGAAUGGAAGGCAGCCAACAUGGUCAUCUUGUGGCGACACAAAUGUUAGACGUUGCUAUUAGAGUACAGGCAAUACGCCAUUUUACUGUCCAGCAAAUGGCAUUAUUGCUGGACAAUGUUCACUUUCUUACAUCAGGAUCUGCUCAGAGUUCAACCAUGGCAGAAGUUCUGUAUGCAGCUGCAUGGAUAUGUGGGGAAUUUGCUGAACAUUUAAGUGAGCCUCAAGCAACCUUGGAAGCUAUGUUACGAAGCCGUGUAUUUGCUUUACCUGGCCAUAUUCAGGCUGUGUAUGUUCAAAAUAUAUUAAAAUUAUUUGCUAAUAUUUUGACAAAAGCCGAAGAAAAUCAGGAUGUGGAUGGAAUAAACAAGCUAUGUGAAAUAGUUGCCGCAAACAUGCCUCAGUUUGUGUCAAGUGCGGAUCUGGAGGUGCAAGAACGUGCCAGUUCAGCUCUUCAGCUGGUACAAUAUUUGCAAAAGCAAGUGAACAAAGGAGAUUUUGGACUGGCCUCUGAGGUGUCUGCUUUGUUUGUGGGUGAAUUGAAUCCUGUGGCUCCAAAAGCCCAGAAAAAAGUUCAGAUACCUGAGGGCUUGGACCUUGAUGCUUGGAUUAAUGAUCCACCAUCUGAGAGUUCAGAGGAAGAUGAUGAUGAUGAUUCGACUGCAGUCCUGCGUGGUAUCAACACAACAGAUAUAUUUGUGAAGUCUGAUCGUAUAGUAGAUGGGUAUUAUGGGUUAAAUAACAAAUCCGACAAAACUCCUGAACCAACUGAAGAAGAAUUAGAAAUGCGUCGUACUGCCAGAAAGUUGGAGCAAGCAAACAAUCCUCAUUAUCUCAAGUCACGUGCCAAUACCAAAGUAAAGAAUGACUUAAACAAGAACUUGUCAGAAGAUUUCUUUGAUGUGCCUGUUGCUGAGAUUGAAUUGCCUGUUUCAUUGAAAGUUACAGGGCUUGCGUCCCCUGAUAGUUAUCUUAACUUAGAUAAGAGGAAUAAAACUCAGAAGAAAAAGAAAAAGAAAGGCAAGAAAGAACGAGAUGCUUCUACUGAUGAGGAAGAUGACAGCUAUCCUCUGCAUGUUGUUAAUACGGAUAUAGGAGAAAUGCCAGAAGGGGCCCAGCUGUCUGAUGAUGAUGAAGAUGGUGAUUCAAGGCCUAACGAUGAUCCUCAUAAAGCUUUAGAUAUUAAUUUAGAUGAGCCUCUACGCGAUGAAGAAAAAUUACCUAUUCGCACUCACCAUCUUCCAGACCCUGUAAAUCAUAUUAUUAAAUCCAAAAAGAAACACCACAAAGAGAAAGAUAAAAAUAAGGAUAGAAAAGAGAGAUCAAAAGAACACAGGAAAUUAAAGAGUAAGAGCAAGAAUAAAGAUCGAAAUCCUAUUGAAGAUGAAAAGCUGCAUGGAGGAGAUAAUUUGGAUCUUUGGUUGGGGCAUGAUCCUUCUGGUUAUCAACCAGUCACAUCUGAUGGAGAAAAACAAGCAAUGACAUCAGAGAAGCUGCCAACAAAUUCUUCCAGGUCGGAAAAGGGAGCUGGCGAAUCAGUGGGGUCUUUGGGCAAAUCUAGCAAAAAAGAGAAGAAGCGAUCAAAGGAACUGAAAAAGGAGAAGAAGAGUUCCCUUAAAAUGAAGGAAGGCUACGAGGAGGCUGCUGGCAUCUCCACUCCUUCCAAGGAGGUCAUCAGUGAUCUUCAGGGCCAAGGGCUCGCUGACCUUCAGGGCCACAGUCUUCCUUCAGACUUGCCUGUGGAUCCUCCUGGUGGCCUUCCGCAUGUGGUGACUUCCUAUACAAAAUUUGCUGGUGAUAAGACUUUGCAAAUGAUGUAUGAAUGCAGAUUGCUACCUCAGGAGAGCAACCAAAUAGUUCUCUCUGUGUUAUUGAGUAAUCAAAGUCAGUCACUUGUUAAAGAACUAGACUUUAGUGUUUGUGAUACUCUAGCGAUCAAAUUAAUUCGUGGGGACUGUGGUAACCAAUAUGGAAUCAAGUUGCAUUUCCAGUUGUCACCUGGAAGUACAAGUGAGGCGCAGUUUGCAUUUGAAGUAUCAGACGUUACCCAGCCUCAAAAACUUCGAGGAACUUUGACUUAUAUUAUUGAGAUGUCUGAUGGAAUUGCUUCUCAUGAGAAACUGGACUUCUCCCUGCUGCUGCCUUGCUCUAGUUUCAUGAUAGGCCGCUUGCCCCAUAGAGACACGGUCACAGACUUAUUACGAGGGGGACAGUUGACACAUCGCAAUUCCUUUGCUGUUAGUCCUGUGAAUAGAGAUUUCUCUCAGGUGCUGUCAUUGGUUUGUUUCCGAAGUCAUUUUACUUUAGUGGAGCAAGUUGAAAAGACUGCCUCUCUUUACAGCCGUUCAUUGCUUGGCCAUCAUGUUUGUUUGUUAUUGAAAGCCGAUCCUUCCAGCAGUCAAAUCUCAGUGGAUGGGAAGAGUAAUUGUGAAUCUCUUUUGGCGGCCCUGAUGGGAGAAUUGCGUGGUUUCCUUCAGGUGCCUCCAGCAUAACCAGUCAUUUUAUUGUAAAAACUGCUUUAGCCUGCGGAUGGUGAGUGUGCCUGCAACUGCAGUACCAGUGCUCAGGGUUUGUCCUUUGCUGAUAAAUUGUACGGAGCUAUGCAAUACUUACUGUUAUUCAAUAUAGUGACAAUAUUGUGCAUUUAUUAAUUUGGUGAGAACAGGUACUUACUGUGAGAGUGUGUUUAAAUGAACUAUGUAAGAAAAUUGUGAUUAAAUAAGUGAGUAAUGUUCCCAGUAAUUCUGUUUAUGCAAAUAAAAUUAUUUUAUUUGUUUGUGUGGAGGAAAUAAUCUGAUGUUACACUGAAAGGGUUUGUAAAUUCAUGAGCAAGGAGUAAAUGCAGCUUGGGCAUAUGUACACCUUUAUACCAAUAUUUUUUUUUAUUGCAACCAAAAUGUCAUAUGCAAAAAAUAAGACUGCUUCCACUGUAUGUAUACAUUUUUUAAGCAGCAGUAGAAACUUAAUUAUUUGUUAGAAGUUAUAGUUCUCCAGUUGAUGUCCAAUGGGCUUGUAAAUUUAUAAUCUUUCAUGUGGAAUGAAGGAAGAUGAGUUAGCUACGAUUCUGUUUUAUUCAUCGUUAUUAACAUGCACUUUCAUAAAUUGACAUUUCUCUUGAAUGCUUAUUCUUCUAUAAGACCACUACAAUUCCAAAGAGCCCUGGGUGUAUUGGAAUGAUCAGAGUACACUACAUGGCCAUUGCAGUGAAAAAUAUGUUUAAAAUACAGAUUAAUAAUUAUAUAAAUGUGAUGGUUUACCCACAUUUUGAUAGUCAUGAGGCCAUGAAAAUGGUUGAAAACAAACAACUUUGCCUCAGAAUUUUUAUAUUCAAUGUAUUUUUAGUACAACAGUGUAUAUGUUACUCUCUGACUUUUGAGUUUAUAAAUAUUUACUAAUACAAUGAUAAGAAUGCCUCAGUGUGGAUGUUGUCUGGAGAAAGUGAUAUUCUUGUUACAUUACAAAGAGUUUCUCUUCGAUCUGCAUUUAAUUAAGAAUUCUUGAAUAAUUUUGCAAUUAGAAAUGAGGUUCCUGAUUAUUGUACUUUUAGUAGCAUUUUUCUUAUAUUGUAUAUCAUUUACUCAAAUAAUAUUUAUCUUGACUUGAAUUGUUAUUGUAUUUAUUAGGACUAUAUGAUCUUGUUUAAAGAUGUUUAUUAAUUCAUUAAUGCUGUUGAGUACUUCGGCAAGUCUCAUCUUGUGCAAUGAGACAGUGAAUUAGAGUGGAGUAUAUUACAAAACAUAUCAUAAAUUGUUACUGCAUAAGUGUGUGAUGUGCAUGUAUGGAGGCAAUUUCCACUGGGAUUAAAUCACAUAAUUGCUGUUUUUGCUUGUAUAAAUGUUCUUUGGUAAUACUAAGUGAACUUGUUUGUUUUUGAGUUUCAAUAUUUUUUUAGAGGUAUGCUCAUGUUACUGUAUGAUUGUAUUGUAAAUUUUUACUGCUAUUUUAUAAUACAUCAUUUCACUUUGCUAAGUAGCUCCAAUUACUAGACAGUUUUAUUCUCUCAUCAGAAGUGUGUGAAAGUGUGUAUGUGUGCACAUUCACACUAUGCAAGUGUGCAAUGUUCCUAGACAUUUGCAUAAAGAUGAUAGAUAUGCAUUUUAAACGUGCUCUUGAGCUACAGUAAACGUCUGCUCUCUCUAUUGUCCACCUUCUGCAAACAAAUUACAGCUCGGAAACAGUCUUAUAAAGGCUUUAAAAUAAGUAAAGAAAUAUGAUAUUUAGUUGAAUGAUAUUAAUAGUUGGGAUCUUGAUUACUACAUCAACCAACCAGUUUUACUGUGAUAUGAUUGGUUUAAUUUGAUUGAAUCAAUUCAAUGAACUGUUUGGUUUUACUGAAAAAGAUAUAGGAUUUGCCGAAAUGUAUGUAAUAAUAAAAGAAUAGAAGAAAAUGAAAGUAGUGUGAUGGGUAGAAGGCCUGUUUCUUAGAUGUCAUUAAUUUUCCAACAUUUUUUGUCAUUUUUGUUGCUAUAUGAAGAAGCUGUUUUGCCACUUUGAAAUUUCUGAUUGGAAUCAAGAUUAUGGCUGUUAAUAUAUCUUAAUAAAUAUCAUAGUAUUUACUACAAAGUGAUUGACUCACAUAUUAUUGUCAGACUACUUGACUAAGAAUUCAAUUCUGUUUUUGAAGAUGUAAUAUUUCUGGGACAUUUUUGCGACUCAGAAAUAUUGCAGUUCUAGAGCGACCAAUGUAAAGUAAUUUUCAUUUUGAUGUGUUAUCCUGUAAAAAUGUACAGAGGUUAAAGAGAUCUCAGAAAACUUCAUGGCUAAACUGGAAAAAUCUCAUAAUGAAGUUUCUACUGUGCUGCACAAACAAAUUUAUUGAUAGUUAUCCCUUAAUCUAGUACUUUUAUGACACUUAUAUUUGAAGGGAACAUGACCUAUAGAAAUCAAAUAAGUGAGAUCUGCAUUAAAACAUAAAUAAUUGUAACAGAAUUUGAUAAAAACAAAAAUGUGUUGAAUGAAUUAUUCACUUUUGUAUUACUGUGUCGCAAACAACAGAAAUUUAUUCAAUUUGUUAUGAAUGAGGUUGGAAACGAUGAACAAAUAAUUUUCCAUUUCAUUUGAUAAAUAUUUAUGGUUAACUGGAUUUGUACUAGUAAGGAUGUUACUGCUGCAUUAUAUUCCAAUAAUGCAGUUUUGUAUGUGUUCAUACACCAUGUUUUGGCUGUCAUGAAAGUGAAAAUGUGUACUGAUAAUUUGAUUUCUAUCUAAUUUGCAAUGAUGAAUGAAAUUUGCUUGAUUAUACAGGUAGCUUAUCUGCUUGUAAGGGGUACAAAUGUGAAACGUAUAAUUAUGUAGAAGAAAGAAGCGUGUAUAUAAUGGGAUUUUCCAAGUCUUGAUAUAUGAGGCUUUAUUGUAGAACAUCUGUUCAACAUGUUUGCUAAACAGUUAUUUGUUUGGAAGAACACAAACUGUUUAAGUAUGUGAACAAAUAAAAUAUUAUUUUUUUUGGGUAUUU